GAAGGAAAAGCAAAGUACGAGCCAGAAGAGACUGGGAUGGUGAGGGAGCAGAGGAGGCAGCGGAUCGUGCAGCAUGAUCUCACGGUCGGAGUCAGGCCGGCAAGGCAGCUGGCGGUGGCAUGAGCCAUGCGCUUUUGCUGGCCGAGCAUAAAAGCGAGAGGGGUUCUCGGCUGGUUCGGGGGUUUUCAAGCGAAGGACAGAGGGUCGGAGAGAGAUCCAAAAGGGAGUUCGAGCGAGAGCAGCCGAGAGAGCGAGAGGGCUGAAAUUUAGCCCCGGCCGAGCGUCGUCUAGCCGUCCUCGACACAAACCGGCGCAACGGAGCUCGCGGUUCCCCCCUUCUUCCACGUCCUCCGACGUUGGGUUUGGCCGAGAGGGACCCAACAAGAGCGUGAGCCCAAGAGAGUGAUCUGCUGUCGUCGGUGGUUCGUCAGUCAGUCGCCGUCCGCCGCAGUAUCCCCACCGAACCAAACCGGCUUUUGUAACAAAUAAGGUCCAAAAUGGAGUGUGAAGAUUGGGACGGCCUGUCAAGUGACUCUGAGUUAUUGGAAGAAGACUUGAAGGAUGAAGAGGAAUAUAACUACACAUCCAACUCUUCGUCCAAGUUGCAAUUCAGGAAAGUAACCUCAGUAGCUCGGUGGAAUAGUGGGGUAGGAAUGGCGGAGGUGGUGGAAAGGAAGGGUCAGUUAUGGAUGACAACUGGCAUUGUCCAUAGCGGGAAGCUGUACUGUUCAAUUGAAGAGACUUUGUUCUUGAUGGAAAUAGGGGCUUUGCUUCUUUUGAGUGAGAAUGAUGAAUCCAUCUCCUUGGAAACUAUGUAUCAGCAACUAGCAGAGGAGAAGGAUGGAUGCUUUUGGGAACUUUAUGAGGUCUAUAGACACCUGAAGUCGCUUGGUUACAUUGUUGGUCGGCAUGGCAUACCUUGGUCUUUGAAGAGUGUGAAGAAAAACACUGGCACAGUUUCUUCUGAAGGUACUUCAGAAAGCCUGGAAGUGCAAUCACCUCAAGACUGCAAUUCUGUAAUUGAAAGAUUUAUAAAGAUGGACUUGAAUGAACUGAAGCUGGUAUUUGAUGUUUAUCUCCCAAAUGGAAAGUUCAGAAAAUCUUCACCUGGUGAUCCAAGCUACGUGCUUAGCUUGAUCAGGGGCCAACCACCAUCUAAAAUAGAAAUUGAGGCUUUUGAAAGACAAUGUGGAGGCAUUCCACUGAAAUUUUGCCUUGUGGAGCACGGGCGUGUCAGUUUCUAUUCCUUUAGCAAAGUGGAGCUUCCUGUCCUGCCCUGAUAAAUGCCUGUGCAUGCAGCUCCAAAGACUUAAUUCAUUGGAUUUUCUUGAUGCACUUCCAGAAAGGAGGAUUUCUAAAUUCUAGGCUUUAAAUGGAGGUGAAUGCUUGUUUCUAUUCUAUCAAGCCUGGAGUAAUUUUCUGUGAUUGCUCUACUCCUGAUAGUUAUUAGCAUCAUUCUUGCAGAAACCGGUGCAUAAUUUGAAAGAACAAAUGUGGUCAUUCUAGCAGCAGGAUGACAUUUUGUAAAGAAUUGCCAAAUGAUUGAUUAUUCAGAUCACUUUCUCAUUCUGUUUCUGCUUUCACUUUCCCCAAGAAUUUGCUCGUACUGUUUGAACUUUGAAUAACAAGGCUGAUAUCUUUCCUCUUCCUAUACUUUGAUUUGAUCGACCUUGCUAUGUUAUGCAUUAUAUAUCUGUCGGGUAACUUUGUGAAAGGAACAAAUGCCUAAAAGGCCAGUUGGUAAAAUUUAUUUGGCUGUUGA